AUGUCAGAAUUUCAAAAGCUUCCUUAUGUUUUUGCAAAGAUGUUCCUGUUGAAGUGCUGUUUCGUUAAUGAUGUUGAGAUGGAGAAUGAUGACAAGUCAAUGGCAAAGGUCAAAAUAGAUUUGAGUGCAUUUGCUCGGUUUAUGGGACAAACAGCUAGACCAUACUGUAGCUGUGGUCGGGUCACAAUAUUAGUAAAGGAGAUACAUUACAACCUUGAAGAGCAUAGGUGUACUCCGUUUUGUCAAAAAGUCUGGCGCAUUGUAGAUAUCGUGCUCAGCCUUACGGCGUUCUUUACGAUGUCGGUUUACAAUCCUACAAAUACUGAUGGUCAAUAUAAUGCCAACCGCAUGCUCUUCUACGAGCCAUAUAGCAAGGCUCUUGCAAAAGAAUAUUUAGAAGGAGCGGAAAAAGUUGGGCCGGAUACCUGUUGGAGAGACGAUUCCACAGACUAUGUUUAA